AGCUGGCCACGGCGUCCACUGUCCGAUCCAACAUGGUCUGGUCCUUUUCCAGAUCCGGGGUACGCUCCUGGUCCAGAAUGAGCUCCGUGAUCUCCUGACCCACCUGGAGCCUCUUCCCCAUGUCCUUCUGCAUCACCUGCUCCAGCAAAUAUUCCACACCCACGACCGCCACCUCCUCUUCCAUGGCUGUAGGUGUAUAGGUCAGUGGAGUUUUAGAGUCCGGUUCGGUCCACAGCAGGCGUAUUUCUUUUUCCAGGGAAGCCGCUACUAUGGCUAACUAGCUCAUUAGCCCACACAGGAGGGCGAUUUCAUCAUUUUCUGCAACAAUAAAAAGAAUUAGGUGAAAUAACUCCACACUAAAUUAGACUCUGAAGAUACGUGGAUACAAUAAAGGGUGUGUUUCCCAUAUGUGUGUGCAACUUCCAGCCAUUGUUUUUAGCAUCGCCGCUACAUUGUGCAUGACCCGCUAACUAGAGCAGUUAGCUUCCCCGCUGGACUUGACAUCGCUAACCUCAAAAAUCUUGCGCUAGGCCACAUGUGUUCAAUCGAUAAGGAAUAGCCCUUCGUUAGAGUCGAGCUUUUUGUUACCGUUCUGUUUUCGAUCGACUCGGUCGUUUGUUCCCUAAAUCUAGUCGUCCAUUCACCCGCCGAGUUGCUUCUGGAAAGAGUCAAAAGUGGCGUUGCCGCUUUAGACAGCAAACCGCAUCAUUUCCAUUCCUGUUACAACGUCCAUUUCCAGGCGCCGCUACGUUCUAACCGACUUCUCCAACAUCGACAGUUCACAUCGACAAUCGAAUUCACGUUGAUUUAAGUUUAAAAGUUAUAAAUAUCGUUAACGAAGAGGAGCUGUGGUGAAAUUAAAGAAUGUCCUCCUACAGCCGCCGUAGAGGAUGCGGCGAAGGGAGAGGCAGAACUGCGGCUCAUGCUGGUGCUACUGAGGCCUGUGCAGACACGGAGGAACUACGACGUCUGCUGGCUGUUGUGAGGCCGUGCAACAACACUGCAGGAAAAUAGGACAACGCUAACUGUUUGUGUCUGUGGUCCUGAAACGACUUGCCGAUGAAGAAGAAAGUGAUCCAUUUCAUGGUUCAUGGUCACCUGGAGAGAGCAGAGUUCAGCGACGACUGCUCAGCUGCGGAAGUCAAAGGUGCCUUGGCUCGAGCGCCGGGUGCUGCUGACAGGUUGUUCAGCUGAAGCGAUGUCAUCUGCACAUGAGCAAGUGUUCUGUGUGUGUGUGUGCCAUCCUUCGUGUUCACAUUAUGAAGUUGUUAUCAAUCUGUCUGAUGUUUUUAUGAUUGAGUGGUGGAUUAAUGAUCAUUGUUAUGAGUCAGACCUCUUCAGAGCAGCAGCAGAAGCAGAGCCUCAUCACAUCUUGAAAAUGUUCAAACCAAAUGGCAGCAUUGUGAAAAUCUCUCCACUACUAGACAACAACACUCCAGAGUCAUAUUACAGAUUGGAGGUGGUGGCCACGGACCUGACCUCUGUUUCCAUACCGGCAGAAUUGGAUGACAUGGAGCUACGACUUCAGCACCUGGAGAACAAACUCAUGGAGGAUGCUGAGAAGACUCCUGGGGUGAUGUGUGAGAUCCAGGCACAGGUGGAGAAGUUCAAGAGAAAACUGGAGAGUGUGGAACAUCUGAGUUGGCUGGGUUUGUUUCGCGAUGAAGUGGAUCAGCAGAGGCUCCAACAAAAAACAUCUCGUUUGAGUGAACAUGAGGAACGCAGCUUGGUCUACAAAAAGUUCAUUCACAUGAGCUCCCUGCAGGUGACUGAAGAAGUAAGAGAUCAUUUGAAGACCCCAGUUUUCGAUAACUGGCAGUGGGAGGAGUCCGAGAUGCUGGUGCUUCUGCAGGUGAUGUUCACUGACCUGGACUUCCUGACAGCCUUCCACAUCGAGCUGAGUGUUCUGCAGAACUUCCUGUUUGAGGUGUUCUGUCACUACAACAGCAUCCCCUUCCACAACUUCCAGCAUUGCUUCUGUGUCACACAGAUGAUGUACGGACUCAUCUGGUUGACUGAUCUCAGAAACAAGUUAGGGCCCAUGGACUUGUUGAUCAUGGUGACUGCUGCCCUGUGCCACGACCUCGAUCAUCCAGGCUACAACAACGUCUACCAGAUCAAUGCUCAGACUGACCUUGCUCUCCGAUACAACGACAUCUCACCACUGGAAAACCAUCACUGUGCUGUUGCCUUUGGAAUCCUCUCCAAGCCGGAGUGCAACAUCUUAAAGAAUCUCAGCAACAAUCAGUACAAACACUUCAGAGGCGGAAUGAUCAAGUGUAUCCUGGCCACAGACAUGGCACGACAUAAUGAAAUUCUCAACAAGUUCAAAGUCAUCCUGCCAGUGUUCGACUUCAACAACAAGGACCACAAGGAAGUGCUGAUGAAGAUCAUGGUGAAAGUCAGUGACAUUUCGAACGAGGCGCGGCCCAUGGCAGUGGCAGAGCCCUGGCUUGACUGUCUGCUACAGGAGUUCUUCAACCAGAGCGACUCAGAGAAAAGCAGAGGCCUCCCUGUGACUCCUUUCAUGGACCGAGAUACAGUCUCCAAACCCUCAUCUCAAACUAACUUCAUCAGAUUUGUUCUUAUACCGCUUUUCAGUGAGCUCACCAACUUGUUCCCCUGUCUGGAGCAACACAUCCUGGAACCAGUCCGCCGAGCUCUGGAUUAUUAUGCUGGAUUGGAGGGAGCUGGAGGAAAGGACAAGACACCUUGACAACUUGGAGAAGCUUUUCGGCUGAGCCAGAUGAAUACUUGACAGCUUUUUCUUUAGGCAGAAUGACCCUGCUGAUAGGACUGCUGCUAGUUAUCUUACUUUCACAUGAAAGAGCACUAAUUUCCUGUGGUUUAAUUUCACAAAAAAAAAAAAUAUCAACACUGUCUUGUUUGUGACAUUUAACACAAAAGUGUGUAGAUAGAAAAUUCACAAUUAAAUGUAUAUUUAUUUAUUCACAUUGAAUGAUUUUUAAAAGGAAAAAUGCCAGUCUCAGUGUAAGGAAAAAAACAAAACAAACCCACAAAAGGGAUACCUGACACAGAACCAUUUAAAUACAUUCAAAAUAUUCCACAAUAAUAAACACGUUUAUUUACAUGAUAAUAAAUAAACUUCAUAAAUUAGUCAAAUGUAGUGUUAAAUUCAGUCCUUCACUAGAAGCCAUUGCCACUGAUUGUUUCUCUUUCUAAAUGUUGACGGUUCAUGUCCUGUCCUUCACAUCAUGAGCUGUUAUUCUACUGAGUGUGAUGAAAGUCAGCACGGCCACUUUCAUUCACUUGGAUAACAUAGCAGCAAACUAAAUUAGUAAAAUCAUUGUGUUGGAAGAGGCAGGUGAUAGAAAUGAGGGUUCCAGUUAAGAUAGACACAGUUUGUUGUUAGUAGUGUGGCACAGAGAACGUCUUGACACCAUUACAGGCGAGAUCAGUGACUGCAGUAGGCGGGGCUUGACACUGGACCAGCUGCAUUAUCAGGACGUUGGUUCAGCAUGAGAGGCUGGAGUCUGAGUGUGGUGAUCUGGACUAGUUAAACAUGAUGGAUUCAGGGUCCUGGUUCAUCAUCUGGGCCAUGUGACGAAGCACGUCCUUCUUUGUGAUAAUGCCCAGUAGACGUCUGACAGGAACAGAAAUGUGGGUUAGAUUUUAACCUUCAAUUUCAUGUCAAUGCAAAUCAUCUCUCACCCGCUGCGUGUCACUAGACACUGGCGUAAGCCCAAUUUACGGAAAAUAUCCACAACAGUCUCCAUGGGUGUGUGGUCAGUGACGGUGAAGGGGCUCAGGUUGAGGAUGCGGCGCAGCUUCAGGGGCUGUGGGUCAGUGGGUGGCAGCUGUGGUGCAUCCUCUGUAAAGUAAACUACCGAGCUGCUGACCACG